GGCUCCUUCCCGGACGGCGCUGGAGAUCCUGGUGGUGGAGGCCCAUGGGGCCCGUGGCGCUGCCUGCCUGGCUGCAGCCCAGGUAUAGAAAGACUGCCUAUCUUUUCAUCUAUUAUUUAAUCCAGUUCUGUGGCCACUCAUGGAUACUUACAAAUAUGACAGUCAGAUUCUUUUCAUUUGGAAAAGAUUCAAUGGUUGACACUUUUUAUGCUAUUGGACUUGUCAUGCGACUUUGCCAAUCCAUUUCUCUCCUGGAGUUGCUGCACAUAUAUGUUGGCAUUGAAUCAAACCAUCUUUUUCCAAGGUUUUUGCAGCUCACAGAGAGAAUAGUCAUUCUUUUUGUGGUGAUCACCAGUCAAGAGGAAAUCCAGGAGAAAUAUGUGGUGUGUGUUUUAUUCAUCUUUUGGAAUCUGUUGGAUAUGGCUAGACAGGAGCAAAAAAGGAUACUUAUGAGCUCCUUGUCUCCUUGCAGGUACACUUAUAGCAUGUUAUCGGUCAUAGGAACAUACUAUUCCAUCUUGACAUGGCUCAGUCAAACACUGUGGAUGCCCAUCUAUCCCCUGUGUGUUCUUGCUGAAGCAUUUGCCAUCUAUCAGUCGCUGCCUUAUUUUGAAUCGUUUGGCACUUACUCCACCAAGCUGCCUUUUGACUUCUCCAUCUAUUUCCCAUAUGUGCUAAGGCUGUAUCUCAUGAUGCUCUUUAUAGGCAUGUAUUUUACCUACAGUCAUCUUUACUCAGAAAGAAGAGACGUCCUCAGAGUCUUUUCCAUUAAGAAGAAGAAAAUAUGAAGUACAGCAUUCCAAUGUGACCUGAGAAAAGACAGGCUCGUGGACUUGGCUGCAGCAACUACUACACAGGAAGUAUUCUAGUGGAAAAUACCCAGUACUUGACAAAAACCCAUGACAUAACAUAAUCACACCCCCCCAACUCUACACACAACAGCAGUCUGUUUAUCACUCACUGUAUUUCCAAAACGUGUACUCUGCAUACCCUGUUUCCCCCAAACUGUGGUUUUUAUACAAGUUACAUUUAUAUUGGGUGAAGUCUGAUUGUUUCACUGUAAGGUUAAUGAGAAAAAGGAAAUUAAUGGAAUUAAGUUCAGUUAAAUUGAGAAACCAGACUUGAUAACCUAAAUUACAUGUAUUCCUUCUCACUUCUGAUUGCCAAAUAGCAGCAGAUCUGUAGGAGGAAAGCACUAUAAAAUACACUCUGUCCUCAUCUAGAAUAAUGUACUUCAUGGACAAAUGUCUUUGUCCCCGAAUGUCAGUACCCACCAUAAAUACUAGCUACACAUAGAAAAUUAAACAUCUUUCCAAGGCCUAUGUUAGCCUUCUCAGGCUGCGAUAACAAAAGCCUCAAUCUGGGUGGCUUAAAUAAAUGUUAUUUUCAUGGUUCUGGA